AAGUCAUUAACAUAUUUCCUUAAUAUUUAUUUUAUUAAUUUAUUGAAAUUUUCCUUUCGUUUGAGUUGACACAGUUGAGUAACCAACCUUGACUAAAACAAAAACAUUUAAAAGAACGCUGCGUUUUUCUAAGAAAUCGUUAAAGCUGACAAGGCUUUUCAGUUCGAACGUUGACGAUGUUGUAAUUAAGACAACAAAAUAUUUUAUUUGAAACUGACAAUAGCAACAGUAGCGGUACUAAGAGCUAAAUCAAUGUUUACCUACUAAGGGAUACUUACGUGGAUUAAUAGGAAACAGUAAAAAGGACAAAAAAGCGGAAGGUUUUGGCUUUUUUUUCGUAAUUUUAGUUAUUGUGCAACUUUCUACACGAACGCACGCCAACUGACUACGUGACAUUCAAUUGAAUUUGUCAAACGGCAAAAUGUCAGAUUUUUCAUCUUAUGAAAUGGGUUCGGUGGAUAGGCCACCAAAUCGCUUCCAAGUGAAUCCCGUAAAUCACAAGAACAACAAUGACAAAUCAGCGGCAGAUGAUGUGCCACACGAGGUGUAUCGGCGCCUAACAAACAAUGAUGGCGAACCCAUCGAAGAUGAUACCUUUAAUGAAAAUGAUUCACAACUGCGUAAACAGGAACAACAACCCAAACAGCAGAGACAAUCUAUCAAAAGUAGUUUUCGCGAUAAGGAUAAACCAUCACGUUUUAAGGAUUUACAAACGACACGUUUUCAAGUAGCACCACAAAAUGAAGAUUCAGAUGACUCCAAUGAUUCCAAAGAAGAUCGUGAGCUGCUGGAUAAUGAAUAUGAUACAAAAUAUGGUAAAAGCUUUCGACAUUUUACACGUGAAGCUUUACCACGUUUGGAUAAUUAUCGUAAUAUUAUGUCAAUACAAGCUGCCUACCGUCCUACACUUGAUGAACUACACAAUGCAACCCUAACUGGCAAGAAUACUCAUAGUUUAAACCGCAAUGAAGAUAUAGAAGCUGCUGUCAUGAAGGGCAUGUUAAAGUUUGGUUGGAUCAAAGGUGUCCUGAUACGGUGUCUGCUUAACAUUUGGGGUGUUAUGUUAUUCCUGCGUCUGAGUUGGGUAGUUGGACAAGCUGGUAUAUGGCAAGGAUUUGUUUUAAUUUUGACUACAACAGCGGUGACAACUAUUACAGCGUUAUCCAUGUCUGCGAUAAGUACGAAUGGUGUGAUAAAAGGAGGUGGGACAUAUUAUAUGAUAUCACGUUCGCUUGGUCCUGAGUUUGGCGGUUCCAUUGGUUUAAUAUUUUCACUGGCAAACGCUGUUGCUUGCGCGAUGUAUGUGGUUGGUUUUUGUGAAUCCAUGUUAGACUUGCUAAAAAGUUUUGGUGUUAGCAUUAUCGAUGGUGGAAUUCAAGAUGUGCGUAUUAUUGGCAGUAUUACUAUAUUAAUACUACUUGUGAUAGUAGUCGUUGGCAUGGAAUGGGAAGCAAAGGCACAAAUUGGUUUGCUUAUCAUACUUUUGAUUGCUAUUGCUGAUUUUAUGAUUGGUUCUUUUAUUGGUCCUAAAAGUGAUGGUGAAGUUGCUAAAGGAUUUUUAGGUUAUAAUAUGACGACGUUUAAAAACAACUUUUUCCCUGCUUAUAGAGAAGAUAAAGGCGUGAGGCAUGACUUCUUCUCCGUAUUUGCCAUAUUCUUUCCAGCCGCAACUGGCAUUUUGGCUGGUGCUAACAUAUCUGGUGAUUUAAAAGAUCCACAAAAAUCUAUACCAAAAGGCACCAUAUUAGCUAUCGUGAUCACAACAGCAACUUAUUUGAUAAUGGUUUUGCAGUGUGGUGGCACUGUGGUACGUGAUGCAACUGGUAAUGUAACAGAUAUGGUAAAUGGUUCUUUCGCAUUUUUAGAUUGUUUACCAGGAGAAUGUGAAUAUGGACUUCAAAACUCAUUCCAAGUCAUUGAACUUGUAUCUGCUUGGGGACCACUAAUCUAUGCUGGCUGCUUUGCUGCUACAUUAUCAUCUGCUUUAGCUAGUUUGGUAUCCGCGCCUAAAGUAUUUCAGGCUCUCUGCAAAGAUGAACUUUAUCCAAAAAUAGUUUGGUUUGCCAAGGGUUUUGGUAAAAAUAAUGAACCAGUCCGUGGUUAUGUUUUGACAUUCGUCAUUGCUGUCGCUUUCAUUUUAAUUGGGGAGUUGAAUUUAAUUGCACCCUUGAUUUCCAAUUUCUUCUUGGCCGCAUACAUGUUAAUUAAUUUCAGUACAUUCCAUGCAAGUUUAGCUAAACCAGUUGGUUGGCGUCCUACCUUUAAGUAUUACAAUAUGUGGCUUAGUUUAGUUGGAGCUGCAUUGUGUGUGGCAGUUAUGUUUCUUAUCUCUUGGGCUACGGCUCUUAUUACAUUUAGUGCUGUAUUGGCUUUGUACUUAAUUGUGGCUUAUCGUAAACCGGAUGUUAAUUGGGGUUCAACUACACAAGCUCAAACAUAUAAGAAUGCUCUUAUGUCAGUACAGCAAUUGAAUAAUGUUGAGGAACAUGUAAAGAAUUACAGACCGCAGAUUUUGGUGUUGUCUGGUUUACCAAAUACCCGACCUGUACUCGUAGAUUUCGCCUAUAUGCUAACGAAAAAUUUGUCUCUACUUGUUUGUGGUCAUGUCCUGCGUGGUUCCAGCUCUCAACGUUAUCGUAAUUAUUUGCAAGAACGUGCAUCGUCAUGGUUCCGUAAACAUCGUGUAAAGGGCUUUUAUUCAUUAGUGGAUGGUGAAGAUUUUGAAUCUGGUUCAAGAGCACUAAUGCAGGCUUGUGGUAUUGGUAAAUUAAAACCAAACAUUUUACUUAUGGGCUACAAAGCGGAUUGGCAAACAUGUGAGCGCAAAGACUUAAAUCAAUACUUCAAUGUUAUGCAUAAGGCUCUGGAUAUGUACUUGUCAGUUGCAAUUUUACGCGUUCCCAAUGGUUUUGAUUGCUCGCAAAUACUCGGUGAUGAAAGCAGUGCACAAAGAAAUAUAUUGGAUAUACCACGCACUUUGCAACCAAAUGAAAGCUCUGCAGAUUUAAAUUCAGUUGAACGUAAUGCACAAAAUGGUUUAAGUGGUAGUAUGGAUUCUUUGAGCCGCAAUGUAUCGCAAGAUGCUGGAGAAUCAACGCAGAACAAUGAAAAUGGCUUGAAAAUGGUUAAAUGUAAACCAAGUUAUACAAUUUUUCGAAAUGGAAAAUGUGCGUCCAGCACAAGUGACCUUUCAUUCACCGCAAGCACACAAGUUAAAGAUGUUACCGGAUUACCGGACCCAGUUGAUCCUAAAUCACCACAGUUGGUGGCUAACUCUCUGCGUAAAUCGAAAAAUAAACAUGAUGACCCUGCAACGCUGUAUAAAGGCCCUGGUGGUUCGGAACUACCGAAGGAUGUGCUUAAUGAUUUAACACAAUUCACCCGGAAGCGCAGCCAUGCUGUCAUUGACGUUUGGUGGCUGUAUGACGACGGUGGUUUAACCUUACUCUUGCCUUACAUUAUCAGCACGAGACGUACAUGGCAAUCUUGCAAAUUGAGAGUUUACGCAUUGGCGAAUAAAAAAGCUGAACUUGAAUUUGAACAACGUUCAAUGGCAAGUUUGCUUUCCAAGUUUCGUAUAGAUUACUCUGAUUUACAAUUAAUUCCGGAUAUUACGAAAAAACCACAAGAAACAUCUACACAAUUCUUUAAUGAGCUCAUUAAAGAUUUUGUGCAAAGCGAAAAAGAAAAUGGACCUAUAACAACAAUAUUAAGUGAAGAAGAAGCACUCAUCACGGAAGAUGAUUUAAUGGCAGUACAGGAUAAAACUAAUCGUUACUUGCGUUUACGUGAAUAUUUGCAAGAGCAGUCAACUAAAUCUGACUUGGUCGUUAUGACUUUACCCAUGCCACGUAAGAAUAUUGUAUCGGCGCCGCUUUAUAUGGCUUGGUUGGAAAGUCUAAGUCGUGAAAUGCCUCCAUUCCUAUUCGUACGUGGCAAUCAGACCAGUGUGCUGACAUUCUAUUCAUAGACAUCUAAAACAAGAAUGAAACUAUGUGCAAAAUUAUCUUUAAUUAGAACAGCUUGGUCUUACUGACUUGCAAAAAUGAAAUAGAUGCAGAAAUAUUUAUAUUUGUUUUGAUUUCUUAAGUAGCCGCACAUACUAAAUAAUUGACUAGAAAAUUAGUUUAAACAUUUUGAAAAACAAGCAUAUUCUUAUAAGAAAUUUGUGAAAAUGUAAAAGA